GCCGAUCUCAUGCUUCCCUUCUAACUUCUCUAAAACCCUCGUUGCCGCACCACCCGCGCCCCGCCUCUUCCUUCACAGAUCUUACAAAAACCUCGCCAUCAAAUCCUUUCCUAUAAAACCCUAAGCCCUAACCUUAAUUCCAGCCAUCGAAUAGCAUCCGACGCCCGACCUUCUGCGCUUCAUGAAGCACCGGGUCCUCAGGAAGCCCUCCCGCACGAAGGGGGGCAAGAAGAAACCCCGAUCGUUCAACGAUGACGACGACCCCUUCUUCGAGACCGAUACCAAGCGGCGGCGCAAGGGCCGCUACGCCGCCAACGAUGGCGAUGACGACCUGGAGAGCGACGACGAGCUGGCCGACGAUGGGGGAGAGGAGGAGGAGCCGGCGGAGCCGGAGGAAACCGCGGAUGAGAAGAGGGUCAGAAUGGCGAGGGAGCAUUUGGAGAGGAUUCGAGCUAUAGCGAGGAAGGUGGAGGAGGAGGAGGAAGGGGAGGAGGACGAGGAGGAGCGGCGGGAGGAGAGGGAGGGUAGAAGAGAUUCUUUGGUAGCGGAGUUUCUCCAAAAGGGCCAGCUUGAGGAGAGUGGUCGGGUUAGGAGAUUUCUGGCUUCAAGGGUUCUAAGUUCAGAAACUCUCGAUGAGUUCCGACUCCUACUGAAGCACCGUCAGUCUGUUACUUCUGUAGCUUUGGCUGAGGAUGACUCGAGGGGGUUUUCAGCUUCCAAAGAUGGGGCCAUUCUGCACUGGGAUGUUGAAAGUGGGAAAAGUGAGAAGUACUUGUGGCCCAGUGAGGAUGUACUGAUAUCACAUUAUGCAAAAGCUCCUCAAAAUCCAUCUAUAAAGAGAAGUAAGCAUGUAUUAGCUUUGGCUGUUAGCUCCGACAGUCGGUAUUUGGCCAGUGGUGGAUUGGAUCGCCACAUCCAUUUAUGGGAUACUCGCACGCGGGAACACAUCCAGGCAUUUCAUGGUCAUAAAGGACCUGUCUCAUGCCUUACUUUCAGGCAGGGAACCUCCCAGCUUUUCUCUGGUUCCUUUGAUCGAACAAUUAAACUGUGGAAUGCAGAAGACAGAACUCACAUGGACAAUUUAUUUGGUCAUCAAAGUGAAAUAUUGACAAUUGAUUGUCUCAGAAAAGAACGACUUCUGACUGCAGGGCGUGAUCGGACUAUGCGAUUGUGGAAAGUUCCUGAGGAAUCACAAUUGAUCUUCCGGGCUCCUGCAUCAUCUUUGGAAUGCAGCUGCUUUAUUAAUGACAGCGAAUUCUUAUCUGGCUCAGAUGAUGGAAGUAUCGAGCUUUGGAGCAUAUUACGGAAAAAGCCUACGCACAUAAUAAAAAAUGCUCAUGCUCCUCCAUUAUAUCCUAAUAAUCAUUUGCAUAAAGAAGUUACGGAAAGGAUGCCUGAUGGUGGUAAUACAGAAAAUGGCAUCUGCAAAUCUGAAAGCUAUUUAUCAGCCCACUCAUGGGUUAGUUCUGUUGCGGUGUGUAGAGGUAGCGAUCUCGCUGCAACUGGAGCUGGUAAUGGUGUGGUCCGUAUAUGGGCAAUUGAAAGUGAUAAUAAAGGCAUUCGACCAUUAUUUAGUUGCCCCCUGGUUGGAUAUAUAAAUUCACUUGCAUUUGCAAAAUCUGGACGUUUCCUCCUUGCUGGAGUUGGUCAGGAACCUCGUCUGGGAAGAUGGGGACGUGUUCCAGCAGCACGGAAUGGAGUUGCAAUACACUCCAUCAGGUUGAAGGAAGAGUAAUCUCUUAGUGAUCCCAAUCCUUAGCUUAUACCUUGGCAACAGACUGAGGAAUUCUCAUUUUGGCGAGUAGGACGAGUACUUCCUCACAACUUAGGAAAUCAUAUAUGGUCAAAGCCUCGGUAGUAUACUAGUGCCCUGUCUUUGGUCAUUAUCAAUGUGCUUUUUUACUCUAUUUGUAGGUCGAGUGUUUUUCCACAGCUCAGGCAUCAGAUGAGGCUACAACCAGCUUGCCUGCAUAUUUUACUGCAGAAGCAUAAUUUUGUAUUACUUAUUUUUCCAAGGAAGAAAUAUUUAUUUUUAUUGUUGAAGUGGCUUUGACUUGUGCUCCAGAAUAUAUGAUCUGAUUCACGAUGAUUUGCAUAUCA